GGCCUAGAUAGGGAAGGGGAAAGAGAAGGGGGACGUUUUGGACAAUGCUAAAGCCAAGGGAGGAAAGGCUGGCAGUCAGAGCACGGGAAGGCUCCCUCCCCCACAUGUGAAUAAGAGUGUCUUUCCAGAGUCAGAGGGAACCCAAGAGAAAGAGGAAGGAGAUGGAAGAGAAGGACCCUGAAGGCCCUGGAACUGGCAAGGCAUCAAGGAAAGGUCCCCAUUCCCUCCAAGCAGGGAGUGGUGCUGAAUUCUGGGAAACAGCUGUGCCAGAGAUCUUGGUUCAGGACGCUGUGACCACAGAUGUACGCAGCCGAUGCUUCCGGCAGUUCUGUUACCGUGAGGCAGAUGGGCCCCGAGAGGUUUGCACUCAGCUCCAUGGACUUUGUAAGGACUGGCUGGAGCCAGAGAGGCGCACCAAGAAGGAGAUGGUGGACCUGGUGAUCCUGGAGCAGUUCCUGGCCAUCCUGCCCCAGGAAGUGCAGGGCUGGGUGAGAGGAUGUGGGCCAGAGACCAGUUCCCAGGCAGUGGCCCUGGCCGAAGGUUUCCUCCUGAGUCAGGCAGAGGAGAAGAGGCAGGCACAGCAGAUGUGGGGAAGAUCUGUGAAGGUGGAAGCAAAGUUCUCUGAGGCAGAAGGAGCUCCGUCAGAGGAAGGUCAGAGGGCCCAAGAUGCCCUGUCAAAUGGCAGUGAAGAGAUGUUAUCAAGCUGCUUUCUUUGCAGAGAAGUGGCAAUGCCUCCUCAUCCUCUGGUCCAGUUUCCAUUUUCCUUUGAGGAGGUGGCUGUGUAUUUCCCCAAGGCAGAGUGGGCCUUGCUGGAUCUGGGGCAAAAAGCUCUCUACAAGGAAGUCAUGCUGGAGAACUAUGAGAGCGUGGCUUUUCUGGCCAGGAAUGAAAGAGACCCUAUGGUGGAUAUGGACAAAGGUCUUGCAUCUGAAAAAUGGCUGAAGAGUUUUUCCAGAAGAUCUCAAGAGACUGUUUCCUUCCCAAAUGAACUGGCUGCAGAGGAUAAUCAUUGGGAUGAGGGGGAUGAGGAACUGCAUCCUCUAUCACCAAAUGAAGUCAAGAAUGAAGAUGUGAGAAGAAACAUCAGGAUUCAAGGCAGGCCUCAGAGACAGAAAGUCAGGUGCAGAGUAAAGACGAGGGAUAAAUCCGUUCCUUGCCAAGGGGGGGAUUUCCAAGAAGUAAUUCACAUGUUGGAGGAAACAUACAAGUGCUGGGAGUGUGGAAUGAACUUCUCAGAUCAAACCCAAUAUAAUGUCCAUUUGGGAAUGCACAGUGGAAAGGAAACAUAUCAAUAUCUGAAGUGUGGAAAGGCCAUGAUUCACAGAGCAGAGUUCUUUAGACAUUUAAGAACAGAUACAGGAGUGAAACCUUACAGCUUCUCAGAUCAUUGCAAGAGCUCAGAGAAAUCAGAACUUGUUCAACACCAAAGAAUAAAUUCAGGAGAGAAGCUCUUUAUCUGUUCAGAGAGUGGAAUGAUCUUGGAUGGAAGAAAGAGUAAUGUACAUUUUUCAAAGCACAGUAUAAUGAAGGAAUGUAAAUGUUAUCGGUGUGGGAAGUACUUCAGAUACAGGUCACAGCUCCUUGUACACCAAAGGAUCCACACAGGGGAGAAACCUUUUGAGUGCUCAGUGUGUGAAAAGAAAUUCAGUCACAGUAACUUUCUUCAAAAACAUCUAAGGACCCACACAAGGGAGAAGCCUUUUGAAUGCUCAGAGUGUGGAAAGAGAUUCAGUCAGAGUGGCCAUCUUCAAUGUCAUCUAAGAAUCCACAGAGGGGAGAAGUUGUUGGAAUGCUUAGAGUGUGGGAAGAGAUUCAGUCAGAAUUGCGCUCUUCAAAGUCACCUAAGAACCCACACAGGGGAGAAGCCUUUUAAAUGCUCAGAAUGUGGGAGGAGGUUCAGCCACAGUGGCAAUCUUCAAAGUCAUCUACGAACCCACACAGGGGAGAAGCCUUUUGAAUGCUCAGAGUGUGGGAAGAGAUUCAAUGAAAUAGGCACUCUUCAACAGCAUCAGAGAACCCACACAGGGGAGAAACCAUUUGAAUGCUCAGACUGUGGGAAAAGAUUCAGUCAGAGUAGCACUCUUCAACAGCAUCAAAGAACCCACAAAGGGGAGAAGCCUUUUGAAUGUUCUGAGUGUAAGAAGAGAUUCAGUGAGAGAAGAACUCUUCAAAAUCAUCUAAGAAUCCACACAGGGGAGAAGCCUUUUGAAUGCUCAGAAUGUGGGAAGAGAUUCCGUCACAGCAGCACUCUUCAGAAUCAUCUAAAAACCCACACAGGGGAGAAGCCUUUUGAAUGCUCAGAAUGUGGGAAGAGAUUCCGUCACAGCAGCACUCUUCAGAAUCAUCUAAGAACCCACACAGGGGUGAAGCCUUUUGAAUGCUCAGAAUGUGGGAAGAAAUUCAGUCGGAGUAGCCAUAUUCAAAAUCAUUUCAGAAUCCAUACAGGGGAGAAGCCUUUUGAAUGCUCAGAGUGUGGGAAGAGAUUCAUUGACAGUAGAAGGCUUCAAAGUCAUCUAAGAACCCACACAGGGGAGAAGCCUUUUGAAUGCUCAGAGUGUGGGAGGAGGUUCAGCCACAGUGGCAAUCUUCAAAGUCAUCUACGAACCCACACAGGGGAGAAGCCUUUUGAAUGCUCAGAGUGUGGGAAGAGAUUCAGGAACAGUAGUGCUCUUCAAAGACAUCGACAAACUCACACAGGGGAGAAGCCUUUUGAAUGCUCAAAGUGUGGUAAGAGAUUCAAUGACAGUGGUACUCUUAAAAAGCAUCAAAGAACCCACACAGGUGAGAAGCCUUUUGAAUGCUCAGAUUGUAGGAAAAGAUUCAAUCAGAGUGGCCAUCUUCAAAAACAUCAAAGGACCCACACAGGUGAGAAGCCUUUUGAAUGCUCAGAGUGUCAGAAGAGGUUCAGUCAGAGUGGCCAUCUUCAACGGCAUCAGCAUAUCCAUAGGUGGCAGAAACCUUUUAAAUAGAGAUUCAGUCAGUGUGGCCACCUUCAACAGCAUCUAGAAACCCACACAAGGAGAAGCCACGUAACUUUUUAACCCUGCAGUAUUGCUUGUUGCGUGGAUCUUACAAAGAUAUAAUUUUGUUGGGUCAGGCUUUGUGUUCCAUACAUUGUAAUGCCAGGUACCAAAAAUACACACUUUAGAAAGGGCAUAGGCAAAUCCAAUUAAUGAUAUUGUUUAUAAUUCAAUAUACAAACGUGCUUAAAUAAUUAACAGCCUUACAGUAUUUCCUUUAUUUAACAGCCUUUGAUAACUGACAUCUCUUGCUCUGAAUUAUUGUAUCGAUAUCUGGAGUCAUUGUUUUAGCUAUAGGAAUCUUGAGUGUGCUGGUUAGGUGUGUACCUGUAAGCAGAGGAUGUACAUUUGAUUUAUGGAUAUUUAUUGAAGAAUAAAGCUGUUCACAGACAUA